AUGGAUGAGCAAGGGUUACGCGCAAGGUAUCGAGCAGAAAAGCAAGAAAAAGCCGCGCGUGCAAGUCACUAUGGAGGACUUCACGAGCCCAAGCCACUUCCCGACGAUCUUGAUGACCUCUCACCCGACGAUUACCCAGCACCAUCACACCUGUCGUCUCAAGCAGAAUAUUCCUCAGAUCCAGCUCAUCAAGCACAACAUCUCACCAUCACCCCCAGCACAUCCUCUGCCUCACGCCUACCACCCGGAUCUCCCUCGACGACCAAACGGGCCCUCCGACCUCAUCUUCAGUUCAUGUGCGGCCCCAUGCUCCGAUACGACAGUGUCGAUCUCCAUAACAAUACCUGGCUCGGCUUCUGUUGUGUGGUGACCGCGGAUACCGGGAGCGUUUAUGAGCCCAGCCCGAUGCUUCAGAUGCAAUGGAACUCGACCUUCGAUUCCUCGCCAGACCCUUCCCAACUUCCUGGCUCAACAAUCCAGCAGGAUGCGACUGCCGACCGGAUCUAUGUAUACCACGGGCCGUCUGAUUCUUACAGCUUUUGGAGGUUUCGACUGGUCAUUCCGAUGGGCCAACGGGAGACGCGGGUGCGAUACUCGAUCAACCAUGGCGCCCAGAUCGCCUUCUACGUGCCCGCCGUCAACCAGAACUUCCGCUGGGCGGCCCAUUCCUGCAACGGCUUCUCGGCCGGGGUCGACCAGAGCGCGUUCAACGGGCCAGACCCCGUCUGGAACGACCUCCUCGACAGACACAAGGCCCUGCCCUUCCACGUCAUGAUCGGCGGCGGCGACCAGCUCUAUUGCGACCCCAUUGCUAAGGAACCCGAGCUCUCUGGCUGGCUUCAGGAGAAAGACCAAGAGGUCAAGAAAACCGCUCAGAUGACACAACCCAUGUCCGUUGCCCUCGACCGGUUCUUCUUCUCCCAUUAUUGUAACUGGUUCCGUUCCGGCGCUUUUGGCAAAGCCAUCUCGUGUAUACCCAUGAUCAAUAUGUUGGAUGAUCACGACCUGAUAGAUGGAUUUGGUUCAUAUCCACCCGACCUGCAAUCUUCGCCAGUGUUUUCAGCAAUCGGGAACCGGGGAUACUUCUGGUUCCUGCUAUUCCAACUAUUCGUUGUGGACAAGGUGGAUGGGAUCACGGAGACGUCGCCGACGAGCUUGGAUGUCCAUCCGAGUCUGGUCCUCGGCACCGUCGGCCCCUACAUCCACUCGCGAAACCACUCGAUAUUGUCCUACCUCGGGCCCCAGGCCUGGAUCCUGUUGCUCGACUGUCGCUCUGAAAGGAUGAAGAAUCAGAUAUGCAGCCCUGAAACCUAUCGCAUCGUCUUCGAGGCCUGUCGCGAUCGUAUUCCGGCUGGGGUAGGGCAUCUCGUCGUCCAACUCGGCAUCCCCAUUGUUUACCCUAGGAUGGUGUUUGCUGAAAAGAUUCUCGAGAAGCCGGACCGGCUGGUGUUUAAAGCAAUCCGCAAACUGGGUGUAAUACCCGGAUUUUAUAAUAAUUUCAAUGCGGAUCCGGAGUUGCUUGACGACAUGAAUGACCAUUGGUGCGCGCAAUCGCACAAACAAGAGCGAAAUUGGUUCAUCAUCGAGUGCCAGAACCUUGCACUGAUACUGAAGCUGAGAAUCACCUUCCUGAGCGGCGACGUACAUUGCGCCGCCGUCGGCAGGUUGUUUACUCACGGCAAGCAGCUCAAGCCUGAUCAAGAUCCAAAGUACAUGCUGAACAUUGUUUCCUCCGCGAUCGUCAAUACUCCUCCGCCUGCAGCUUUGAUAAGCAUGAUGGGCGCGCUCUCUCGUGUGACGCACAAGACGCUUUCGAGUGCAAAAACGGCCGAGGACAUGGUUGACUUGUUUAAAUUCGACACCAAUGGGAAAAGUCUGAAAAACCAACGGUUUAUGCCGCGAAGGAAUUACUGUGCGGUCCGUGUCGUCGACCAAUCCGGCGAGAUGGAGUUCAAUAUCCGGGUCGAGAUCGAACAGGGCCAGGGAAAAACUAAAGGCUAUCCCGUCUUGGUCCCUCCCCCGAACUACUCUCCGGCUCCUUAA